ACACUGUAACACAAGAAGACAAGUAAAAGCAUAAAGUUCAACAUGGACCAGCAAUCUAUACACAUGAAGACACAUAUACUAGAUUUAUCUGACCAAGUUAACAUUUCAUUGCAAAGUCCAUUGAUUGAUCAAAACAAACAAAUGUUGCACCAGAUUAUGUCAGAGAAAGAGCUAAAGAUUCGAGGCGAGCUGGAGAUAGAUAUAGAAAGAGAUUUAGAGCAAGAAAUUAAAGAUGGUAUAUACCAUCUUGCACUAAGAUUGCACAGGCUUUAUCAGCACCAAAAAGAAAGGAACACAAGAGAAAUUUUAUCAGAAUCUCCUGAUGGUGCCAAAAAUCAUCAGGAGAGAAGGAACAAAAUAUUAUCUGAAGUGAAUAUAAGCAUAGAACUGGAAGGAGGAACCAAGAUUGAAAUAAAAGAGACCAAGAAAGAAUUGACUCCUGAUCAAGAAAAGGGCAGGCCAAGAACUGCAAGAUCAAAUUAUAAUACUCAGGGCAUGACUGAUACUAAGAAAUUUGAUUGGGCAAGGACUUUAAGGUCAAAUUCAGGUCAUGCAGCCAUUAAGAGGAGAAAUGAAAGAGCACAUGACUAUAUGAGUCUGAACCUUGAUAAUGCCAGGAAAAAUCUCACUAGUGGUGGUGCAGGGCAAAGAAAAGGGUUUAAUGCAAGUGCUGGCAACAGGUUACUUGAAUUGGGAUGGAAAUGUUAGAAAUUCAAUGAAACUACAUAUAUAAUUAUACAUGGUUUUAUUAGCUAAUGUCAUUGGUUUGUUCAAUUGGCCAUGGCUUGAAAAGUGUUGGUGAUUUUGAGGUAUAUAUACAUGUGAAAACUUACUGGUAUAAGCCUAUGCUCUCAGUGAGACAGUGUGGAUUUUGUAAAUGUUUGUUGAAAGUUUGGGGAUUUACAGAUAAUUAUGUAUCCCUGAUUUUUAUGGCAUUAUAUAUAUAUUGUUGACCUUAAAGUAUUGCUUAUAUUGGGUAAAAAAAAUUUUUAUCGUUUGUCUUUCAAUUAUUUUUAAGUUGUCUUUUAGUUGUUUUUUAAUUUUUUUAUCCAAAAAUAAUAAAAAAAAAAUUAAAAAACAAUCAAUACUAUAUAUAUUUUUAUUAUUCUGACAAAAUAAAAAUAAAAGAAAUAAAAAAACCAUAAAUUGGAUAAAAAGUUAAAAAAAAAUGGUAUUUUUGUUAUUUUCCAAAUUCAAUGAAAUGGGAGGGGCUUCUCCUGGUAAUCGGCAUGGCCCAUAAUUUAUACUGGGUCGACUGGGAGAAGCCAUUAGCCAAUUUUGUUUGUCUAAUAUAUUCAGACACAGAGAUUUAAUAGUUUUAUUUAAAGUCUAGUUUGAUAUAUAUAU